CAAUCAUCACUUGUCCCCUCCCACUACAAUGCCCCAUCUCCCCCUCCUCGGUCGCCUCUCCCUUCUCGAAUAUGCAUACCUUGUAGCUGGUUUCCUCUUCCUCGCCCUCGAGUCUGUCCUUCACAUCAUCAUCCUCUUCCUCCCCAAAUCCUUCAUCAACCUCUGCUACGAAAAGUCGCGCACGCUCUUCAACCGCCGUCACCGCGCCGAGCGCCCGGCUUCCUCGCCCGAGAAGCAGGUCGUCGAUAAGAUCCUGCGCGCACGCGACUUCCAUGGGCUCUGCGAGAUCUACGGGUAUACGCCGGAGGAGCACGUCGUCCUGACGAAGGACGGCUACUUGUUGACGCUUCACCGUUUGUGUAACAAAAAGGGCGAGCAUUGUGCGCGUCCGGGAACCAGCACCGGCGGUCCUGUUGUGUAUCUGCAUCACGGGCUGCUCAUGAACAGCGAGAUCUGGGUGUGCUUGACAGCUGAAGAGCGUGCCCUGCCGUUCCAGCUGGUUGAGCGGGGCUAUGACGUCUGGCUGGGGAACAAUAGGGGAAACAAGUACUCGCGCAAGUCAAUUCACCAUGGUCCUCACUCUGCCAAGUUCUGGGACUACAGCAUUGAUGACUUUGCCUGGCACGAUAUUCCCGACUCCAUUCACUACAUCCUCGACGUGACCAAGGCACCGACGCUCAGCUACAUCGGCUUCAGCCAGGGUACUGCCCAGGCCUUCGCUGCCCUCAGCAUCCACCCGCAACUCAACCAAAAGAUCAACGUCUUCAUUGCCCUCGCCCCCGCCAUGGCGCCCCCCGGCCUCUCCGCCCCCAUCGUCGACAGCCUCAUGAAAGCCUCCCCAACCCUCAUGUACCUCUUCUUCGGCCGCAAAUCCAUCCUGUCCUCCGCCACCAUGUGGCAGUCCAUCCUCUACCCGCCCAUCUUCGCCGUCCUCAUCGACACCUGCCUCGGCUGGCUCUUCCGCUGGUACGGCAACAACAUCCCCAGCGCGCAGAAAAUCGCCGCGUAUGCGCACCUGUACUCCUUCGCCUCGACCAAGUCCGUCGUGCACUGGUUCCAGAUCAUGCGCAGCGCGACGUUCCAGAUGUUCGACGACGACGUGAGCGCGGGGGUUGGGAGCGUCGCGCGCACGCGCGUGAGCUCGUACAGGCCUGCGCGCUUCCCGACGCGCAAUAUCGUGACGCCGAUCGUGCUGAUGUAUGGGGACUCGGAUAGCCUGGUGGAUAUCAAGGUCAUGACGAAGAACUUGCCGAACCAUACGCGCGUCGUACGCCUGCACGGGUACGAGCAUCUUGAUAUUCUGUGGGGGAAGGACGUGGAGACGGACGUGUUCCCGCAUGUGUAUGAGGUGCUGGACGAGUUCAAGGAGGGCGGAACGUUGUGCGUCAGCACGCCUGAACUGCAGUAUGCAAACGGGAAGCUGUAGUCGUAUCCCACGUACCUUGUCUUAUAUUUCCUUUUUCUCUGCUUUUUUUCAUCGUUCAGCGGGAUCGUGUGUCGACAAGCUAUCAUACAUUGGGGCC